CGAGGCCAUGUCGGCGGCGGACGGUGCCCGGGAGGGCGUCAGGGAGGGCUCGGGCAGCGCGGCGGCUGGCGGCGGAGGCCUCCUCAACCGCUUUGUGCAGCUGCCGGGCAGGCCGCGCUCGGCGGGCAGCUUUAAAUAUAAACAUUUUGGAACUGUUUCCGAAGUGAAAUCCACCAUACAGAAAGAGUGACAGAAGGGGGGGGUCAUAAAGAUAUCCUAGAAAUAGCUUUUCUGGAAGGUUUGUCAUGUGGAAGGAUUGUCAUGCGUCAGCCUGCAGGCAGCAGUCCUCGGGCAGGCCAUAGAUCUCCACCAGCAAGAAGCGGCCAUCGUUGUGUGGCAGAUAAUGCCAACUUGUAUGUGUUUGGAGGCUACAAUCCUGACUAUGAUGAAUCCGGUGGGCCAGAGAAUGAAGACUACCCGCUCUUCAGGGAACUCUGGCGUUACAACUUUGCUACAGACACGUGGCAUCAAAUGGGCACUGAAGGCUACAUGCCCAGGGAGCUAGCUUCCAUGUCACUUGUAUUGCAUGGCAACAACCUGCUUGUGUUUGGGGGCACCGGGAUCCCCUUUGGGGAGAGCAAUGGCAAUGAUGUCCAUGUCUGCAACGUCAAGUACAAAAGAUGGGCUCUGCUCAGCUGCCGAGGAAAGAAACCCAAUCGAAUCUAUGGCCAGGCCAUGGCCAUCAUCAAUGGUUGUCUCUACGUGUUUGGAGGAACAACUGGUUACAUUUACAGUACUGACCUACAUAAGCUAGACCUCAACACUAGAGAAUGGAUCCAGCUGAAACCAAACAACAUGUCCUGUGACAUGCCAGAGGAGAGGUACAGACAUGAAAUCGCGCAUGAUGGUCAACGGAUUUAUAUCUUAGGAGGUGGAACUUCCUGGACAGCUUAUUCCUUAGAUAAGAUCCAUGCAUACAACCUUGAAACCAACACCUGGGAGGAAAUUGCCACAAAACCUCAUGAAAAAGUUGGCUUCCCAGCAGCCAGAAGAUGCCAUAGUUGUGUUCAGAUAAAAAAUGAUGUGUUCGUUUGUGGAGGCUAUAAUGGAGAAGUGAUUCUGGGAGAUGUUUGGAAGCUGAACCUGCAAACUUUCCAGUGGGUCAAGCUCCCAGCUGCCAUGCCGGAACCAGUGUAUUUUCACUGUGCUGCUGUCACACCAGCUGGCUGCAUGUACGUUCAUGGAGGGGUGGUCAACAUCCAUGAAAACAAACGGACUGGCUCUCUGUUUAAAAUGUGGCUGGUGGUACCCAGCCUGCUGGAACUGUCAUGGGAGAAGCUCCUGGAAUAUUUCCCUCAGCUAGCAGCUCUCUCCAGAUCUCAGCUUUUGCACCUUGGACUGACGCAGGGACUUGUUGAGCGACUAAAAUGAGAACAUCUCAUGCUUCUGUCCAAGACACACUAUGUUCAAGAAGCCCCCUUGCACCCCCUAUUUAUGGAUACCAUGGAUGGUCUUGCUAAGAACAUGGAGGAACCUGCUCAACGCCUUACUCAGCAAAUACAUUGAUGCCUUUCUAGAAAUUUUUACUUUAAGUUGUUGAAAAUCCACUUUUUAUUUAUGGAUCUCUAAAUUACACCAUUAAUUAAAAAUACUCUCUGGGACUAAUCCAUAACAUCCAGCCAUCAAACCAUCAUCAGCACAUGCUUGCAACUUAACUGGGGAGGGUGGGGAGCUUGGCGAAUGUCCAAGCCCAUGCUUACACAUGGUGCAUUCAACUUACUAUUUUCACAAGAUGUAUAUAACAGAGGACAUUCAGUGCAGAACAACAGCUGACCUGUUCUUUUGCUUUGGAUAACACUCAUCACCCCCUAAUGCCCAGCUGAGCUCUCCGUCUAUAGAAGAGAACUCCUUCUGCUUGAAGGCUUUGCAUGUGUUUCAUGGGCAUGUUUCCAUCUCUUUGAGCUUGAGAAGAUGGCUGGAAUGUCACAUGGGGCAGCGAGCAAAGCUUUGCCUGUGCAGUUUUUCUGGUGCAGUGUGCAGUUAUUUGAAACACCCCGUGUCUGUGUUCCUCACCUUUUCAUAUUGAAAGGUUUGCUUGGAAGACUGGUUAAAAGUUGCCAUUUAAUGGACUACUGUGUAGUUUACUCGGGGUGGUGAGGGGAGGGAAAAGGUUUUGCUGAAUCUUUCUUAACCCCUUCAGCUCACAUUGCACUCUGAACAAGCUAACAGCAAAAACUCACCCCACAGAUUUUAGAGCUGUCUUUUAACCUGCAGCGUGUCCUAUCCAUUGCUUGGGUAUGAGCCACCCAUGCCAGCUCAAGUGCUGGUUAUCAGCUUCUGGCUCUUAACAUGUACCUGUAAGAUUUUUGUUUUCCUUCCUCCACACAUCAGCCUUUUUCUAGUUAGCUUCGCAUUCCUCUGGGGGUGGGGGAUGUUAUUGCUGUGUGCAAGUGGCUGUCUGGGUCCUUGGAAGCUCAUGGAUCACUCAUCCCAGGAAACGCAGCAUCAAAAGGCGGUGAAACAUCUCCCUCUUGCUGGGAGCAGUGGUCAUCUCUGUACAGGCAGCAGAGGAAGGGAUAUCUGUCUUGUCUUGCUGUGCUCCACCUACUGUGAAGUUUGCUCUGGAGACUACGUGUAAGUGGCCAUUGAACUCUGAGCAGCUCUGGUUGGCUGGCAUCAGGUUUGUGCAAAAUCCUUUUUGUUUUAAGACCCAUUUUUAAAGUGCUUUUUUUUAAAAAAAAAAAUAAAAAAAAUCAGCUUUUCCUAGUACCUUCUUCCAUCAUCAGAGGCAAAGGUUAGACUUUGGCAUUUUAGUUUCUUUUUAGGAGAUUGCAUUUAUGUUUAAAUAAACCACAGUGUUGUUUUCACAUUGCCAAUCUGAA